AUGUUACAAUAUCGCAACUUAAAACUAUGUAAUUCCGUUAGCAAUGACGACAAACCGAUCGUUUUCAAAUCUUUCAAGGGAACUAAAUCUGUGGAACCAGUAGGAAUCGUCUUUUUUAUAACUAGGGAGUGGAGCAUCAAUGUUUCCUUCCAAGGCAUCUUUAAUCCAACAUCCUUGCAAGUCUCGGAAUCUACUGCAGAAUGUGCCAAAGAGUACCUUACAUAUACGGCAAAGCUUGAUCAAUCCUUCGUGUAUGGGCUAAAGUCCGAAUGGGCCAAGCACCUCUUUGAUCAGUCGGAACCGGAGCCCCUGGAAGAUGUUGUUAUCACCGACAAGAAAAAGAAAAAGUUGGGGAAUAGCAAGUCCCUUGGCUUGAUCCGCAACUUUAUAUCUCAGGAUAAGAAUGCCUACGAGCUCCUGGACUGUUCAGACUUUGACAGCAUGGCCAAGAUCAAGGCGAGCUACAGGAAGAUAGUCUUGCUACUACAUCCAGAUAAGAGUGGCAAAGUUUCGGAUGAUAUGCAAGAAUACGCAAAAAAAUUUAACAUUGAAAGUAUGGAUGAAGAAGGGAGGAAACAAAUGUUCUUACUCAUCCAGGACGCAUUUACCAUACUCAGCGAUCCAAUCCUUCGUCAUGAAUAUGAUUGUAAUCUCCCAUUUGAUGAGAAUAUUCCGACACAUGAAGAAGCUAGGACCUUGGACUUUUUCAAGCUUUUCAGUCCCGUAUUUGAGAUGAAUUCGAGAUGGUCAAAGACAAAGCCUGUGCCUCAGCUUGGUAUAAUGGAUACUCCGGAUGAGCAGAUCGAUGAGUUUUAUGAGUUUUGGCGUUCUUUUGAGACUGAAAGAACCUUUAGUCAUGCGGCUCCCUACCUUUUAGAGGAGGCUGAGUGCAGAGAAGAAAAGCGGUGGAUGGAGCGUGAAAACCUAAAGGUUCAACGAAAACUUGUUAAAAAGGAAUUGAUUCGCAUUCAGAAGCUCGUAGAUUUGGCGGAGGCCAGUGAUCCUCGUGUCAAGGCACGACAGGAGAGGGCCAAGAGGGAAAAGUUGGAGAGACAAAAGAAGAUAGAAGAGGAAAAGCGUCUUCAAAUGCAUGAGUUAGAAAUGGAGAAUGAACGAAAGAAGCAGGAGUUGGAGAAAGUAAUGGAAAAGACAAGAUAUGAGAAGCAGAUUGUAAAGAGAUUUCGUCAACAUCUUCGUAUUGUUGCUACCAAACUUGAGACAGAUCCAGAGCCUCUUGAGAAGCUUGCUACUCUUUCAUACGAGUUUUUGAAGGGUACAUGUGAGAACGUGUACAAACUCUUUGGUCAUGCUAGAACAAUAUCUCCGGAUGAAGAAUCAUUUCAGUUUAUCAAAGACAUGGGAAAUGUUUUGCAAACCCAGGUUUCAGAGACGGACGCCCUCUUGGGAGUUUUAAAAGACGUAUACAAGGAGUUGGGUGUGGAUAUAAAGAGGGAAGAUACGGUCACACCAGUGGAAAACGUCAAGGAACAAGCCCCUGUGGAUGAGUGUAUAUGGACUCCAGAAGAGCUGGUUAGUCUUUCAAAGGCUAUGGAUAUAUAUGGUGCCGGUGUUCCUGGGAGAUGGAACUUAGUAUCAAAGUUUGUCAAGACAAAGUCGGUUGGGGAAUGCAUUCAGAUGGGAAAGAAAAUAACAAAGGAAGUUGAAUGGACACCCCAACAACAGACUGCUCUGGAGGAUGCUUUGAGAAAGUACCCAUCAACGAUGGAGCCAGUUGAAAGAUGGAAAAUGAUCGCAUCGGAAGUUGAGGGUAAAACAGCAAAGGAGUGCGUAAAUCGGUUUAAAAUGUUGAAGGCUGCUGUAGCGGCAUCUUCAAGCAGGAAAUAA